GGACCAGGGGGCGGGCCGGGGGCGGAGACGCCGCGUAGGCUGGGCAGGCCGGGCGGCGGGACUGGGGAGCCGGAGCCCCAUGUCCUGCUGUGUCCCGCCACAAUGUUGCCCUCCCGGAGGAAAGCGGCGCAGCUGCCCUGGGAGGAUGGCAGGAGGCCUUUUACCCAUUGUUCACCUUGUAAGUCUCAAUCCCGAUCCCAGAAAGAGCCCAGAGUGCAAGAAGGAAUCUGUAAAGGUUCCAGGCUUGUGAGACCAUUUGCAGGUCUGGGCUCUACUACUCCACAGUGGAAACCAUCACCACAGGACAGUGGGGGGGCCAGGCUGCUUCCUGGAGGCCUCCGCCGGAAAUGCUCCAUCUUCCACCUCUUCAUUGCCUUUCUCCUGUUGGUCUUCUUCUCCCUGCUCUGGCUGCAGCUCAGCUGUUCUGGAGAUGUGGCCCAGGUGACCAGGGGACAAGGGCAGGAGACCUCGGGUCCACCCCGAGCUUGUCCCCCAGAACCGCCCCCUGAGCACUGGGAAGAAGAUGAGUCAUGGGGGCCUCACCGGUUGGCAGUGCUGGUGCCCUUUCGGGAACGCUUUGAGGAGCUGCUGGUCUUUGUGCCCCACAUGCACCGCUUCCUAAGCAGGAAGAAGAUCCAGCACCACAUCUAUGUGCUCAACCAGGUGGAUCACUUCAGGUUCAAUCGGGCAGCACUCAUCAAUGUGGGCUUCCUGGAGAGCAGCAACAGCACAGACUACAUCGCCAUGCACGAUGUGGACCUACUCCCUCUCAAUGAGGAGCUGGACUAUGGCUUCCCGGAGGCUGGGCCCUUCCAUGUGGCUUCCCCAGAGCUCCACCCUCUCUACCACUACAAGACCUAUGUGGGUGGCAUUCUGCUGCUGUCCAAACAGCACUACCAGCUGUGCAACGGGAUGUCCAACCGCUUCUGGGGCUGGGGCCGAGAGGACGAUGAAUUCUACCGGCGCAUCAAAGGAGCUGGUCUCCAGCUUUUCCGCCCCUUGGGGAUCACAACUGGGUACCAGACAUUUCGCCACUUGCAUGACCCAGCCUGGCGGAAGAGGGACCAGAAACGCAUUGCGGCUCAAAAACAGGAACAGUUCAAGGUGGACCGGGAGGGAGGCCUGAACACUGUGAGGUACCGGGUGGAUUCCCGCACGGCACUGUCCGUAGGAGGGGCCCCCUGCACUGUUCUCAAUGUCAUGCUGGACUGCGAUAAGACAGCCACUCCAUGGUGCACAUUUGGCUGAGAGCUAAACUGUGAGGAAGCUUAAGCCUCCAGACCUCAAUGCUGCUCAGGCUCAGGAAACCUCAGGCCUUAGGCCCAGCUCAAGAGAAGCCUGAAGGAGUAGCUGGCCAGUCUUCAGCAACCUGCUCCCCAGAGCCAGGCCCAAGUCAGGACACAGGUAGACCUGGGAUGCUGCUGGAAAAAUUUGUCAGAGAGGCUGGAGCUGUGGCUCUUGACUGACCUUCUCUACCCUGCUUACCCUGCUCUGCCUGUCCACCCGUGCUGAGGCCUGAGGCAAUGAAAAGGUGGACCAGGACAACCUCAGCAGGGACAAGCUGCUCCUCCGGAAGAACAGCCUCAUGAAGAUGUAGUCAGAAGCCGCCACAUGGCCAGUGCGUAUGGCAGUUGCUAUUAGGAGACUUAGAACGGCAGAAGGCAGAACACAAGCCCUGGGCAAAGGAGUGGCUGAUACUAGCUGUAGCUGGUGCCACUGCGGAGGAACCAGGGCACCAGAUCUCACUUUUCAAAAGAAACUAGAAUGCUGGAUUCUUAAGCAGAAUUUCUUGAUUUUUUUUUUUUAAAAUGGCAGCAUGCCCUGUCUCACAGGGCAGUUGACAGGGGCUGGGGUCCACCUAGGAGAGAAUGGGGGACAAGAGACGCAAAGAACGGACCACAAGACAGGAGGUCUGAUCAAGCUGACAUUUUUUAAUUUUUCUCAGGCAGAAGUUAUACUGGUAGAAGCAGGACGUGGGGUGGGGUUAAGUAACCACAAAGGAAUGAGCUUGGCUCAAUGAGCAGGAUGUUGGGGUGUAAAUCGGUUGGCGGGAGGAACAGUACAGGGAGGGUUGCUUAGUGACCUGACCAUCAGCGCUAAUCGACCUAACGACAAGAUUUAUAUCUGUGUUUUAAAUUCAAGCAGCGCUGCAGGCUUAAGGCUCCCAACAGCAGCCCCUAACUAAAGCUUUGAAAAGCUA